AGAAACAUUGCCACCUAGUGGAGGAAAACUGCACAAACAAGGAAAUGAAGCUUAAACAAACUGAAACUAUUCUGACUUUGUUACCUGAACUCAGACGCCAUUAAAGCUGUAAAAAUCUCUGCUGGAAAAACAACGAUUUUUGGAAUAUUUUCAGCCUGUAGUUCAAGACAGAAGCUGGUGAGUCCUGAGACUGAAAGACUUUGGUUAGAAAUGGCUGAGAAAGCUGAUCUUCUUGAAUACCUGAACUGUCACAUUUGUUCAGAGACUUUCAAUGAUCCUGUAACUCUGAGCUGCAACCACAACUUCUGUUCAAGCUGCCUGCAGAAGUUCUGGGAACAAACUCUGAACAAAAACUGUCCCAUCUGUAAAAGAAAAUCAUCUAAAGAUGAUCCUAUUGUAAACUUCAGCCUGAAGAAACUUGCUGACUCGUUUGCUGGAAGACAGAAAUCUGAAUCAUCAGAGACAAAAACAGGAGAGCAGAAGAUCAUGGAGGUCUGCAGGAAACAUUCAGGAGAAACCAAACUCUUCUGUAAAGACGAGCUGAGAGCUUUUUGUUCUGUCUGUGAGUUUUCUCAGCACCAGAGUCACAAAGUGGUUCCUGUAGAAGAAGCAGUCAGAGAGCUGAAGGAGGAGCUGAAAUCUGACUUAAAGUCUCUGCAGGACAAGAAGAUGAAAUACAAAGAAGUGGAGGAAACAUACAAUCAGAUGAUUCAACACUCCAAGAAGCAGCUGCUGUCCACAGAGACACAGAUCAGAGCAGAGUUCAACAAGCUCCACCAGUUCCUGAAGGAGGAAGAGGAGUCCAGACUGGCAGCUCUGAGGGAGGAAGAGGAGCAGAAGAGGAAGACUGUGAGCAGAGAGAUGAAGAGGAUCCAGGAGCAGAUGUCCUCUCUGUCAGAAAGUAUCAGUGCUGUUGAAGCAGAGCUGCAGAAAGACAAGGAGGCGUUCCUCAGCAGUUCUAAAGACACUCAGAGCAGAGCCAGAGCCCAGAGCUCGCUGUCAGACCCACAGCUGCUCUCAGGAGCUCUGAUAGAUGUGGCCAAACAUGUGGGCAACCUGUCCUUCAGAGUCUGGGAGAAGAUGAAGGAGAAGGUCCACUUCAGUCCCGUCCUCCUGGACCCAAACACUGCAAGUGAUGAUCUUUGUCUGUCUGAUGAUCUGACCAGUGUGAGACGAGGAGAAACUUCUCAGCAGCUUCCUGACAAUCCAGAGAGAAACAUGAAUUAUACUUCUGUUUUUGGUUCUGAGGGAUUCAGAUCAGGGAAACACAGCUGGGAGGUGGAGGUGGGAGAUCAUCCUCACUGGUACAUUGGUGUGGCUAAAGAGUCUGUUAACAGGAAGGGAGAGAGGUCUGCUUCACCAAAAUGUGGAAUAUGGCGUUUAUCAUACUAUAAAGGAAAAUACAUAAACGUUGUUGGUCAGACUGUCACUGUGACCAAGAGUCUCCAGAAGAUCAGAGUCCACCUGGACUAUGACAGGGGGGAGGUGUCCUUCUACAACCCUGAAGACAUGACUCACAUCUACACUCACAAAGACACUUUCACUGAGAAACUUUUACCAUAUUUCAAUGUUGGAAAAUCUGGAGAUGCAAAAACCUCUAAACUCCAAAUCUGUCCGACUGACUGAGAUGAUUUGACUCUUUUGUCAUAAAAAAUAACAGAUUUUUUUUUCUCAUCACAAUGAUCAUCAGUCUUUGAUCAAUCCACAUGAUCAGAUUUCUUCCUACAAUCAGCAGAAAAUUAUCUUCAUUGUUGUGCAACAAUUAACACUAAAAUAUGAUUUUAAAACUGAUUUCUUCAUUUUAAAUCUUUAUUUAUAGAAAGCUAAAAACACAAUGUUAAAUAUUUUGUUUGUCUUCUGUAUUAAAAUGAUCCACAGUGAUCCAGAAAAUGUGAUGUUCUGUAAAUACAUUUUCAUUAAAGGGUCACUGAAUCUAUUUUCUUUCAUCUUUAGCGUCUCAAACUAUUUUACAUCUAAUUUCAAUUACAGAUUUCACCACAGAACCUAUAAAUAUUUCUAUCAAAGUAUUGAAGUUUUUUGCUGUUUCAGAUCAAGUGACUGUUAAGCUGUUAAAUCCUCUUCAUGUAUAAAGCUUCAGCUGUGUUUCUACUCCUGAAAAUAAUUCUUCAGUUGAAUCUUUACAGACCAGACAAACCACAAAGUCUACAGAUGGAGACGUUUUCAAAUCUUCUUCUCAAAUCAGAAACUUUUUCUUCAUCUCGUUAACAUCAAACCCAGAUUUCUGUUUUGCAUUUUCCUCCAACUGUAGACAGUUUCUGUUUUGAGGUUUUCAUCCCUGAAAUCAGCAGAAGACGGAGAGAAAGUUCCUUCUGUCUCUGGACCGUCUUUCUGAACACAUUUACCUCCAACUUUCUGUUAAACUUUCAAAUGUUUGAAAGAAAAUCUUCAUGAAUAACAUUUUGUUAUUUAAGAGAGAUUUUCAUGUUUGGUUUCAAGCUCUUCUGAUGUAAAGAAGAGUUUGGCAUUGACUUUAUUAUCAUCAUCCUCUUAAAUGUUGUUUUAGAGAAUCAUCAGGAAAAUGUGUGAUAUACCAAAACAUGUAUUUAUGUGUGCAGAAAUAUUAUAGGAGUUCAGAUUAUUAAAAUUGAUUUUUUUAAAUUGAAAUUGUUGUUUUACUUUGUUUUUACUUCCUUGAAUGUAAUACACUGUGCCGCCACCAGAGGUCAGCAAUUCUUCCACUUUGGCUGUGAGGCAGAAAGCUGCAAAACUGCAGUUACUGACACAAGUCGAGACACUUUAGAGAAACCAAUUAAUCUAUGAAACAUGUCUUUGGACUGUGGGAGGAGUUGCUGGAGAAAACCCACACGUGCACGAGGACAACAUGCAAACUCCACCCAGAAAGAUCCCAGCUGGGAUUCAAAGCAGGGUCUUCUCGUUAUGAGGAGAAAUAAUAAAAAGAAAGGUAGGUCAGGCCGUUUUCAGCUUCAGGAGUUUCUUCUGAGCACCAGAUACUUUCUCAUGUAUUAUUUUUUAAAACUUCUUUAUCCUUUAGGGCAGGGGUCACUAGCAGACCGUGGUCCGGAUCUGGGCCCAGAUGUUGGGACAUGCCGUCCCAGCAUCUGGGCCGACCUUGACACAAAACUAAUACGGCGCCUCUAUUUUAAACUGUGCAAAUCUUGUUUUCAUUGAAACACAUUCUCAUUACUAACUCGUCACAUAUG